AGAAUUUGAAAUCAAAUCCAAGUGUCUGGUAUCCCUAGACAGUCCCAGACUUCGGACCCGGUGUCCUGCCCCUUCUGCUGGAGUUCUUUGCGGUGCCAUGGAGCUGGAUCUAAGCCCACCUCAUCUCAGCAGCUCCCCAGAAGAUGUGUGCCCAGGUCCUGGGACCCCUCCUGAGACUCCUCCACCCCCUGAUAACCCUCCGCCAGGGGAUGUGAAGCGAUCCCAGCCUUUGUCCAUUCCAGACAGCAGGAAACUUCGAGAAGAGGAGCUUCAGGCAACUUCUCUACCCUCCAUCCCCAACCCGUUCCCCGAGCUCUGCAGCCCACCUUCACAGAAACCCAUUCUUGGGGGUUCCUCUAGCACCAGAGGCUUGCUUUCUCCAGACUCCAGCCGCCUCCAUGUGGUGAAGGUGUACAGCGAGGAUGGGGCCUGCCGGUCUGUGGAGGUGGCAGCAGGCGCCACAGCUCGCCAUGUGUGUGAAAUGCUGGUGCAGCGAGCUCACGCCCUGAGCGACGAGAGCUGGGGCCUGGUGGAGUGCCACCCUUACCUAGCACUGGAGCGGGGUUUGGAGGACCAUGAGUUCGUGGUGGAAGUGCAGGAGGCUUGGCCUGUUGGUGGAGACAGCCGCUUCGUCUUCCGUAAAAACUUCGCCAAGUAUGAGCUGUUCAAGAGCCCCCCACACACCCUGUUUCCAGAAAAGAUGGUUUCCAGUUGUCUGGAUGCACAAACAGGCAUAUCCCAUGAAGACCUCAUCCAGAACUUCCUGAAUGCUGGCAGCUUCCCCGAGAUCCAGGGCUUCCUGCAGCUGCGGGCGUCAGGCCGGGGGUCAGGUCGAAAGCUUUGGAAAAGAUUCUUCUGCUUUCUCCGUCGAUCUGGCCUCUAUUACUCCACCAAGGGCACCUCCAAGGACCCGAGGCACCUACAGUACGUGGCAGAUGUGAGCGAGUCCAAUGCGUAUGUGGUGACCCAGGGCCGGAAGCUGUAUGGAAUGCCUACUGACUUCGGCUUCUGUGUCAAGCCCAACAAGCUUCGAAAUGGCCACAAGGGACUCCACAUCUUCUGCAGCGAUGACGAGCAGAGCCGGACCUGCUGGCUGGCUGCCUUCCGGCUCUUCAAGUACGGGGUGCAGCUGUAUAAGAAUUUUCAGCAAGUCCAGUCUCGUCACCUACGCCUAUCCCAUUUGGGGUCUUCGCCCUUGAGGAGCGUCUCCGAUAAUACCCUGGUGGCCAUGGACUUCUCUGGCCGUGCUGGCCGUGUCAUUGAGAACCCCCGGGAAGCUCUGAGCGCUGCCAUGGAGGAAGCCCAGGCCUGGAGGAAGAAGACAAACCACCGUCUCAGCCUGCCCACCCCAUGCUCUGGCUCCAGCCUCAGUGCAGCCAUCCACCGCACCCAGCCCUGGUUCCACGGACGCAUCUCCCGGGAAGAAAGCCAGCGGCUAAUCAGACAGCAGGGCCUGGUGGAUGGUGUAUUCCUGGUCCGGGAGAGCCAGCGGAACCCACAGGGCUUUGUUCUGUCUCUGUGUCACCUGCAGAAAGUCAAGCAUUAUCUCAUCCUACCGAGUGAAGAUGAGGGCUGUCUCUACUUCAGCAUGGAUGAUGGCCAGACCCGCUUCACAGACCUUCUGCAGCUGGUGGAAUUCCACCAGCUGAACCGAGGCAUCCUGCCCUGCUUGCUGCGCCAUUGCUGUGCCCGUGUGGCCCUCUGAAACCACAGGAGCCACGAAAGCCCAUGGGGCUGCCCGCCACCCUUCUGUUCAGUGGACUUGGUGCAGGUGGACGGGAU